AUGCAGGAUCCUGGCGGCUUCCUGGGAGCUGAGUUCAUCCCAUUUCUGAGAUGUGGCCCCUCGGGCCCCGGGGUGGAGAGCGGGGUCUGUCCAGGGCCGGGCCGGGUGCCACCCUCUGCCCUGGGCUCUGUCUCUUGGUCCGGGCUCCCUGUGCCUCAGCAGCGCCUGGGCCUGAGUGGCUCCCUGGAGGGCAGUGUGGACAGUCCGUGGGGAGUGGUACCAGGCGCCCCUGAAAAGAGGCCCCGGCAGGAGCGCACGGUGUACACCAGGGGGCAACAAGAGCGGCUGGAGGAGCUGUUUGCCAAAGAGAAGUAUCCAUCCCAGGAGCAGAAAGCAGCGCUGGCAGAAAGUCUGAAGGUGGCGGUGGAAAAAGUACAGGUGUGGUUUAAGAACCGGCGGGCGAAGUUUCGCAGGGAGCAGAUGGAAGGAAAGAGCCCGUCUGGAUCUGGAGGCCACAAACUCUGCUCUGAGCUCAGCCCACCUUCUCCAGCCUCGACCAGGCCCACGCACACCUCGGGAACCACAGCCAGGGCAGCUUCUGGACGGCGGCCCCAGCCCCAGCCGGGUCCCCAGGCUCCCAGUCCCCUGAUCUCUUGUCAGAUUCUCAGUUGUCCCCAACAUCCCUCGAGUCUCUCCAAAGAGACUGCUUUGAAGACCCGGUGGACUGGCCCUGCCCCUGAAGACGAGGAGGGAGUCGCCUUUAGCACCCCGGAACCUGCAGAGGGAAGGCCAGGUGUCUGCUGGCCGCUUCCUGGACACCUGGCUCUCGGCCGCUGAGGACUCACCGUGGAUUCGGUAUUCACUUCCGCAGGGAUGAGAGAUGGACACUGUCCCCUGAGCAUUACGAUUUCCUGUCUAGUGCCUUUAAACAAGUUGAGAAAGAAGAAAUGGAACCGAGCUUUUUUACAGAAGGGAGGGGUAGGCGUGGGGGAAAAAAGGAGCCAAGAUAAGUCACGUACGGAUUCCCCAUGAUGAAUGCGGUCCUUGUGUAGUUCUAAAAUGUACCAAAAAAUAUUUUGUUUCAAGGGGCCAAGGAUUCAGCCCGGUGUUUCUCUCACCUGCCUGGAAAACCCAAAGUUCCAAGUUCGAUCCCCAGGACCAGGAAAAAAACAAAACAAAACAAAAAACAGAAAAGUGU